GAGUUGAUACUCGUUUAAAGCACGUACAACAGGGCGGGCUUCUCACAGCGUCAGCUUCUAUUAUUAUUCGAUUCAAAACGCUGUUCUAACUCUGGUGAGCACAAGGAGGAAGCAAAAUCCAGUCCCCAUCCGAGGAGACGGUGGGAGGCACACGCAAAUGCAACGGAGGAAUCAAAGCAGAAAGAAACCAGACUAAAGCCAGGUGCGAGCAGCCAGCGGGCACUGGGAGGACGAAACGGUUCCAGCUGAAGAGGGUGAGUCCAGGAGUCACAGGCGCCUCUGAACCGAGUUCUAUGAACGGGUAGGACUUCCACACGCGGCUAAGACGCCACAUGUGAGAGACACCGCAAAGGAUCUUAGCAAAGGCGCAAAGACCAAAAAUUGACUUUUCUCGGUCAGCAGAAGUGGUUGCAGAGUGUUUAUCGAACAAAAUGCCGGAGGGAUGAUAAGGCUAACUGGAAUAGUAACCCCUGCCGCACCUCAAGGUGCUAAACCUGAGACAGGACGUAAAGAACAAAAGUGACGGUAAGAAAGCCAGGAGGACCACGACCCAGUCGCUCUCCACUGUCCUCUAGGGACAACGCGACUCGGGGCCAGCACACAGCGAACCAGCGUCCCCCUCAGGCGGCAGACGUCCUGAGGCAGCAACCGGCUCGAGAACUACAGCUCCCGCUGCGGCCUGGGGAUCGGGCCCCGCCCCGCAUCUCCACUUCCGCCGCCCUCCGGUCCAACCUACCAGGGAGCGAGCCUGGCGCCUGACCGCGCGUGACCCCCGCGUGACCCCGCGUGACAGGGGCCCGAGCCGAGAGGCCAGGAGGUGGGAGUCUGGGACCCCAGUCAGUAGAAAGGCGACCCGCAAAGGUGGAACUAAACUUGCAAAUCUCGAUAGGGAUUGGAGUUGAUGCCGCGAGGGCGGAGCCUAACGCCCACGGUCCUGGCCAAUCAGCGUCCGGGAUGAUCUGAGAGGCCGGGAAGGGGAAAGGGGCGAAACGGUUCUACGGUGACAUGCCGCGGGGUCUAGUGGGAGGAGCAGUUGCCCAGCGGCCGCCCGGCACUUCCUGUUUCCGGUUCCCGGAGUGGAGCGUAGCGAGGCGCUCGUGGGGUCGCUGGCUCUGCCGCGAGCUCUGGAACCGGGGUCUGCGGCCGACCCCUCUCUGGUCCUGUCUCCCAGCCGCGAGCAGGUACUCGGCCGGGGAUUCCGAGCUGUGGCUGCUCCCUUUGCCCGUGACACGAUGUUCCCCCAUUACAGCUCCUGGAGAACUGGCCUGCUCCUGCUGCUGCUGCUGGCUGUGGCAGUAAGAGAAUCCUGGCAGACCGAAGAAAAAACAUGCGACCUGGUAGGAGAAAAGGAUAAAGAGUCAGAGAAAGAGUUGGCUCUACUGAAGAGGCUGACGCCGCUGUUUAACAAAAGCUUUGAGAGCACCGUGGGCCAGGGCACAGACACGUAUAUCUACAUGUUCCGGGUGUGCCGAGAAGCUGGCAACCACACCUCUGGGGCAGGCCUGGUGCAGAUCAACAAAAGUAAUGGGAAGGAGACAGUAGUAGGGAGACUCAACAAGACUCAGAUCUUCAAUGGAAGUAAUUGGAUCAUGCUGAUCUAUAAAGGGGGUGAUGAAUAUGACAGUCACUGUGGCAAGGAGCAGCGUCGGGCAGUGGUGAUGAUCUCCUGCAAUCGACACACCCUAGCGGACAACUUUAACCCUGUGUUUGAGGAGCGAGGCAAAGUCCAAGAUUGUUUCUACCUCUUUGAGAUAGACAGCAGCCUGGCCUGUUCCCCAGAGAUCUCCCACCUCAGCGUGGGUUCUAUCUUACUUGUCACGUUUGCAUCGCUGAUCGCUGUCUAUAUCAUCGGGGGGUUCCUGUACCAGCGACUGGUGGUGGGAGCCAAAGGAAUGGAGCAGUUUCCCCACUUGGCCUUCUGGCAGGAUCUUGGCAACCUGGUAGCAGAUGGUUGUGACUUUGUGUGCCGAUCUAAACCCCGAAACGUGCCUGCUGCAUAUCGUGGUGUGGGGGAUGACCAGCUGGGGGAGGAGUCAGAAGAAAGGGAUGAUCAUUUAUUACCGAUUCUUCUGGAAAGGGAAUGGAAGCAGAAGUGGGACAUCCAGGGCUCUGCCAUCUUCCGCCCUGGCUGUGGCGGCUGCGGCACGUGUCCCUUUUUCUGGCUCAGGGACGUGUCUUCUUGCCCACGACCUUAUUUCUGUGGGGAGACGGUCUUAAUCUUCUGAUGCUUCCACCUUUCUGUUCAGGCCGUGUGCCCAGAAACCUGGCCUGAUCUUUGUGUGAUAGUGAGCCUGGGCCACUGAAGAGUAACAUGGCUCCACUGGACACAGGAGGAUGGAAUCAACAGGCAGGGGCCUUUUUUAGCCUUUAGAGAAGGAAAUGAAAUGAUUUCAUCUUUGGACUUUUAAAUACUAUUGGAAUGAUUUUUUUUCUUCUUUCUAAACAGGGAAAAUAAUGUCAUAAAAGCAUCUUUUUUGUUAUUUGUUUGUUUGCAUCCCUCCCCCACACUCUGGUGUUUUAAAAAUGCAAAAAAUAUA